AUGGAUUUUGUUUUGAGAACAACUCAAUUACGCACCCUUUUGCCAUCGUCUAGUAGUUCAUUCGACUACUUGUCUAAUGGAGCAGUACAUCAACUGGUAUCGGGUAUGAAGCUUUUGAGAGUACUAAGUUUGUCUUGGUGCGAAAAUUUUAAGGAGUUGCCUGAGACAAUUGGUGACUUAAAGUAUCUUCUCUAUCUUGACCUCUCUAACACUUUGGUCGAAACAUUGCCUAAAUCAGUGGGUCGUUUGUACAAUUUACAAAUAUUAAAAUUAUCAAGGUGUCGAAAACUCACUCAGCUACCCAAUAACAUUCAUCGUCUCCUUAACUUGCGGCAUCUUGAUAUUGGUGGGUGCCACACCAUAAAAGAGAUCCCAAGACAAAUAGGCAGACUGAAAAGUGUCCAAACAUUGACUAGUUUCGUUGUGGGAAAAUAUGGAGCCAAGAUAGGAGAGUUAGGGGAGCUUUUGGAGCUCAGAGGAAAUGUUUGCCUCGAGAAUUUAGAGAAUGUUGCAAAUGGUGAAGAUGCAUCAAAAGUUAGGCUGGCGAACAAGAAGAAGCUUGAAGAGUUGACGUUUUCUUGGAGCCGUGAUACUGAAGAUCCAGAAGAUGACAAGGGUGUUCUUGAAGAGCUAUUGUCUGGCACAGAGUUGAAAAGGCUUAAUAUCAUUCGAUACAGAGAUAUGGAAUUCCCAAACUGUUUUCAGAAUCCUAAUACCAUUAGCAGCAUAGUAUCUAUAAAACUUGAAAGAUGUAGACAUUGCCGAUCUUUGCCAGCGCUUGGAAAACUGCCCUCCCUCAAAACUCUUUAUAUCAAACAACUUGAUGGAGUUGUAAUUGUGAGUAAAGAGUUUUACGGGACUAAUGGUAAAUCUGCAUCGUUGGAAUCCUUAAGUUUCUCUUCAAUGUCAGCCUGGAAAGAAUGGAAUUCAACUUGGGUUGGAGUUAAAGAUGGUGAAGUUUUUCCUAAGCUCCGAGAGCUCUGCAUAAGUGAUUGUGAUAGGCUAAUUACCGUGCAUUUGCCUCAGAACCUUCCAUCUUUAACAAAACUUAUAAUUCCAUCACCACUCUUAACAUCUACGGCUCUCCAUCCGUGUGGAAAUCUAAAAGAUAUCAAAGAUGCUGGAAAAUCAUUAUCUCUUAGUAGUUUGUUCAUUAAAGGUUGCCCAAAGUUUAUAUCUUUCAACGAAGGCAGAUUGAGAGCCCCUAAUCUGAAUUCUCUUACAGUUGAAGGUUGUGAGAAACUGACCAAGCUGCCUGGACAAAUGCCUUAUUUGCUCCCAUCUUUGAAAAAACUGUUGAUCAUCAAUUGUCCUCAGGUUGAGUCAUUUCCUGCGGGAGGUCUGCCCUCUAAUCUGAAUGGACUUUUGGUUGACAAAUGCAGUAAACUGACUGCAAACCGAAUGGAGUGGAAUCUGCAAACACUCUCAGCUCUUGAAUACUUUGAUAUCAGAGAUGAAUCAGAUGCAAAUAUGGAGUCGUUUCCGGAGAUGGGUUUGCUGCCUUCUUGCCUUACCUCACUUCGCAUUGGCCCACUUGCAAGCCUUAAGGAACUGGACAUGAAGCAGCUUCAACAACUCACUUCUCUCAAAUCUUUGGACAUCCAAAGCUGCCCCGAACUAACCACUCUAAAAUUUGGCAGAGCCUCGGAGGCGCCAACAUUACCAAAACUACGUAGUUUUUGCAUCAAAGAUUGCCAAAAUUUCACAUAUUUCCCUAAAGCCGAACUGAAUGCGCCGGAUCUGAAUUCUCUUACUGUUGAAUAUUGCAAGAACCUGAAGAAGUUGCAAGGACGAAUGCAUGACCUCCUCCCAUCUUUGGAACGCCUAUGGAUCCUUGAUUGUCCAAAUAUGGAGUUAUUUCCUGAAGGAGGUCUGCCUUCUAAACUGAAUGGACUUUUGGUUUCCAACUGCACCUCACUGAUUAAAAACAGAAAUGACUGGAAUUUGUAA